AUGGCCUGCAAGGUGCUCCAGAUUCCAAUCUGUGUGGCCAUCGUCUGUUGCGGGGUGGCUUUUAUAUUCCAACUCGUGGCUGUAGCGGGAACCGGGUGGCUGGUCAUUUCGGUAGGAGACAACAGUGAAGAGGUUGGACUAUUUCGUUUAUGCGUCAACGGUGUGUGUACAGAGUACCAGAUGAAUGAUUUAGAAGACUGGUUGAAGGCAUGUCAGGCGUUUUCCAUCCUGGGCCUGUUGACCAUCACCGGAAGUCUGGUUCUUGGAAUUCUACAUUUUGUCUUAGAAGACACGGCCAAGGUGUCUGUAGCUGGCAUUGCCUCGUGUGCUGCUUCAGUGGUAUUCCUGAUAAUAGAACUUGCUGUGUUUGGUGCUGAGACAUCUUCCCUUCGUAAAGUAUAUAACUUCGGUUAUGGAUUCAUCCUCUCUGUUAUCGCGUGUAUUCUCAGCUUCGUCGCCGCUGUGCUCUUUGCUGUAGGAUCACGGAUGUAA